AUGGAGUCUUCGUAUAUGUGCUUACGAUGUGUUCGACAGCUUACUGAAGUUACCAGACAAGCCAGCCGAAGGUUAGCAGUACAGGGUCAAGUUCAGAACUUCUCGUCAACUACGAAGCGACAGUCCAAUAGACUCCAGCAGAGAUCGCCGCAGCAGAUACGGACAUGGUCCUCCAAGCAGCCCGUCAACCGGGCAGCUGCUCAACCAGCACAAUAUGAGACGGACGACUUCGAGACUCAGAGAUAUCCUCCCAAUCUGUCGCCAUACGGCCAAUAUAGAGCACCUCUGCUCCUCCGACCAGACAACCUCUUUCACUCUUUCACAAAUUCUCCAAUUCCGGAAAUAAGGCAAAGAGCACAGUUUAUGAGGCAGCAUGCAUAUUGUCCACAUCCUGCGCAUAAACCCACACGAGAACCCCAAGGGCCGCACGAUGCGGAAGCGAAGAAGUAUGGAGAAUAUUCAAGACAGCCUCCAGCACAUGUACAUUUCGAGUGCCCUGAUUGUGGGAUUCCGUUGUACUGCUCCGAAGACCACUGGGUAGGUGACUACGAGGCUCAUGUUGAAAUAUGUGACACACUGAGGACUAUCAAUGAAGAUGAUCAUGAUCUGAGGUCAGGUCGUUGGUUCCAUGAAUUUGAAUACCCUGGACCACAGUUGGAUGAGAUCGUGGUGAACAUGACGAACUGGGAUACAUUCCUCUACACUCGACAAUUUGAGGCUAUCAACCAGGAUCGAAGUAUGAGACAGGCGACAAGAUUGCUCACGUAUCCAGCCACCAUUGCAAGCGUGCUCCACGAACUAAGUCCAUACAACAUAAAAAAAGAUGGGAGAUUGACCUUUGAGGGUCUAAAGAGUUUGAGUGCUUUACGAUACACGUUACAUCCACCGAGAACAGGUCAAGGCUUGGACAUUUCCGGUCUGCGUCUUGCUAGUCCGCCAAUCAGGGUAUUCAUCCUAGGAGCUAGAGCAGAAUCUUCAUUGCCGAGAGACAUCUGGGCGCAGUUGUCACAUCUCUUCCCUCGUGCAUCGAUACACCUUGUCUUCAUUGGUCCAGAGUCGAUGGUUGGUAGAGACUCCGAGUUCCCACUGCCAGACCGAACGCCUGAAAAUCCUUUCGGGGCCAUAGUGGAGGACCGAAUAUCGGACAAGAUGAAAAUCACUACAUACGUCGACUAUUUCCACACUCUCCAUGAAGCAAACUUGUUUUACCCUUACGAUCCAUACUUCGACUGCUUUAUGCUCUUCCAUCCGGGUCUUGGUCAUCCAGCGUCAGCACAUGAAUGGGAAGAGACUUUGCCUCAGCUACUGAGCACGAAAGUGCCAAUCAUAUGCACAGGAUAUACAGAUUGGGAUAUGCAAAGAGAUUGGAAAUGGGUCAUGGAGAAGUGUGCUGGUGAGGUCGAUCUACUAAUGGAACCUGGAGAGAAUCUCUUCAGGAGUUUGAGAUGGGACCUGAAUGAUCUCGAUCCGCAGGAUAUCAGCUGCGGAAAUUGGGGUGUAUGGGCUUUUAGAGGCAAGAGAUACGAAGCGACAUAUAAAGGUGGACAGUAA